AAGUUUCGGGUUUCCACUAUGUCGAUAAGGCCGAUUAGUAUCUCGAUAUUGCUACUUUUCUUGGUAUCGGUUUUCUCAUCUGUCGAAGCCACAGUUUCGUACGAUGAUAAAGCCUUCAUUAUCGAUGGCAAACGCAAAAUUCUCAUCUCGGGCUCUAUUCAUUAUCCAAGAAGCACCCCUGAGAUGUGGCCUGAUCUUAUACAGAAGGCUAAAGAUGGAGGAUUAGAUGUCAUACAAACUUAUGUGUUUUGGAACGGCCACGAGCCGACACCUGGCAACUAUAAUUUUGAGGACAGGUUUGAUUUGGUCAAGUUCAUCAAGCUCGUGCAAAGUGCCGGGCUUUACGUUCACCUGCGUAUCGGCCCUUACUACCAUGGAGGAACGAACUUUGGCCGGACAGCAUCUGGACUCUUUAUUGCCACCAGCUAUGAUUAUGACGCCCCUUUGGAUGAAUACGGACUUAGGAAUGAACCGAAAUAUAGCCAUCUGACAAAUCUACACAAGGCAAUUAAGCAAUGCGAGCAGGCUUUAGUAUCUUCCUACCCAACAGUCUCGUGGCCCGGUAAAAAUCAGGAGGUUCACGUCUUCCGAACAAACUCGGGAGCUUGCUCAGCAUUUCUCGCCAAUUACGACACCAGAUAUUCCACUAAACUGACAUUUCAAAACCAGCGAUACAAUUUACCUCCUUGGUCAAUCAGCAUUUUACCCGACUGUAAAACUGAGGUUUACAACACUGCCAGGAUUACGUCCAAAGGGUCAACUACUAAGAUGAUACCCAUGGAAGGAGGAUUAUCUUGGCAGUCGUAUAAUGAGGAAACUCCUUCUGCAGAUGAUAGUGAUACACUUAGAAUGCAAGGUCUAUGGGAACAAGUGAAUGUUACAAGAGAUAACUCGGAUUAUUUAUGGUACCUCACUCAAGUCGAUAUCGAUUCUGGUGAGAGAUUUCUAAAGACAGGAAAAUGGCCUUCUCUAACAGUUAUGUCAGCAGGCCAUGCGCUGCACGUUUUUAUCAAUGGCCAGUUAUCAGGAACUGUAUAUGGGAGCCUGGAGAGAACAAAACUGACAUUUAACGGCAAUGUGAAUUUGAGAGCCGGAGCAAACAAAAUCUCGUUACUUAGUGUUUCUGUGGGUUUACCAAAUGUGGGCUUGCACUACGAGACUUGGAACACAGGAGUCUUGGGUCCCAUUACCUUGAAUGGCCUUAACGAGGGUAAACGAGACUUAACAAAACAGAGCUGGUCAUAUAAGGUCGGUUUGAAAGGUGAAUCACUCAAUCUCAACACUGUUACCGGAAGUUCGUCAGUCGAAUGGGUUCAAGGAUCCCUUUUGGCUCUAAAGCAACCCCUAACGUGGUACAAGAGGGGCUGUGACCAGCCAUCUCAGAGAUGGUAUCAUAUCCCACGUUCGUGGCUAAAGCCAAGUGGAAACCUGUUAGUCGUGUUUGAAGAAUGGGGCGGUGACCCGUCUAACAUUUCCUUGGUUACUAGAACAGCAUGA